GGCGAAUGGCCGACCGUGCCUGUCAUUCGCAAAAGAAACUUCCACAAGAGCGCUUGCAGAGCGCCCGAAGAAACGCGCAAGGAUACCUUCCAAGGAAGGACCGCGAUCGUAGUGUUAAGGGUUUUUUUUGUUUCGGUGGAAAAGAGAAAGAGAGAGAGAGUACGAGACAGCAGUCCGGAGCAAGUGAGCAAACAGCAGUGCGCCGAACUGAGAAGCGUGUGUAGCAAUAUCAAUAAGAAUCGGAGCCGUUUUGUCGUGAGCGAGUGAGUGAAAGAGUGAUAGCGCUCGACAGGCCCGUGCAGAUGGGCAGAGAGAAAGCGAGAUAGAGGCUGUGUGCAUGUGAUAGCAGUGUGUGCGCGAGUGUGCUGUGUCGGUGGAAUAAGAAGAGGAGAAGAGGCAAGAGUGGCGCACGACGACGAAGAAGGCAGAAAAUCAAUAGUCCUUCUUUGGUCCUUCGAAUCGGUUGAGUGUGUGAGGCAAAACAACAGGCAUACGCAACCACUCUUCGCAACGCUUGUGCUGUUGGCCAAGAAAGUGUGUGUGAGUGUGUUUCCGAGGAAGGUGUAAAAAUUCAGCUUAACUAAGCACAGCCUGUGGGGGGUGUGUAAAAAGCAACAGAAGUGCUUGUGCAGUUUUCUCGAAGUAAUUCGGGUCAAAGCAGAGAGCCGCAGCAGUAGCAGCAGUAGCAGCAGCCAGUACCUCAAGUAAACGAGUGCUAAGUUUUGUUUCGUAACGCCAUCACCUCAAGGUUCAGUAGGCUCGAGCAGAGCAAAGAGGUGGAAGAAUAUAUCAAGUGACGGUGAAGUUUUAGUAGUGAUUUUUACUGAUUUCACUGCGACCACAACGCAGCCAGCACAGCGCCGUAGAGAGUGCACUUCUUCAUAAGCGAGUGUUUGUGUACGUGUGUGUGUAGUUGGUGUGGUUCGCAAACCACUCUCUAGUGUGAUAGAAAGAAACGGUGCCGAACGGGAGUAUACCGGAGCGUACCACAACUCCCGACGGCAAUUCGACGCUUGACAACGACGGUACCAGGAUUAUCCUCUAGUCCGUCGCCAAAGCAUUGCGGAAGACUGAGGAACAGCUGAUCCAGCGCAGCAGCAGAAGCAGCAACAGCAGUAGCUGGAGAAGGAGCACAAGACUGACCACAAGCAACAACCGGAGCAGCAGUACAAGUCGCGCUGUUCUGCAUAGCAACGCGACGGCAAAGCACCCCGCGAAAGGAUUACUCGUCGCCUAUCAUCUGCCGCCGUGUUCUCCGUGACGGAAUAAAGAGUGCGUGGUGUGUGUGUUCUGCUGUGUCAAAGUGUGUGAAAAUAUUGAAGCUAUAGAAGCUGCCACAACCGCCACCACAAUCAGAGGGUGCGUUUGAUGAGAUAUGCAAGUGUGACAAAACGCGAAAUCAGUUACUGGUGCAAACCGGAGCAAGCGAGAGUGCGUGUGAGAAGGCAGAGGAAUUACACAAGAAAAUCGGUGCCAAAUGAAAUAGCAGUGACAAGUGCGUGUGUGUGCGUACGAAACUACCCAGAAAGCGGAGUAGUAGCAGGCCUUGGUUUGUGAAGUACAGGAAGGGUGUGUGCGACUCAGUGUCAUCACAAUGGCUAUGGCAGCGUGCUAUCCGACCUACGACCACAUGACCGGCGGCAGCAGAAAUGCAGCCAGCAUCGUGGCUCAGCAACAGCAGCAGCAGCUUCAGCAACAGCAGCAGCAGCAGCAACAACAGCAGAGCCCGGUGGCGGCCACUAGUCAGCUGCACCAUCUGUCCUCGCGGCUAUCGGCCGCCGCCGCGGCAGCAGCAGCAGCAGCAGCGGCCGCAGCCGCCGCCUCCAACAUGGCGGUCCAGAAGGAUUUCAGCAUACCGCUGCACGUGGACUGUAGCGUGGAGUACGAGCUGCCGAACCAGGCGAAACCGCCGGUCGGGGCACGGGUCGAGCCGCUGCUGAUGAUCCAUCCGUGUUACUUCCGCAAGAUGGAGAGUCAGCGGCGAAGCCCGUUCAUCAACAACAUGCCAAAUUCGUCCCGUAGUUCUAGUUCGUCGAUCGCGGCCAAGAAUGGUGUUAGUGGUGGUGCCAGCAAUGUUGGCAGCAGUGGCAGCAGUGCUAGUAGCAACGUCGUCGUCAACGGCGGCACCAGUGCCGCCACCGAUCCGUCGGUUCUAAACGGUAGCUGCACGACGACGGGUGUUGUGAAUAACGUUAGCAGUAGCCGGCGGAAUGCGGCGCACAAGACGUCAUCGUCGUCGUCCGCAUCCGCCAGCAACCAGUUCCUUCAACUCCAGCUGGACGAUUACGUCCAGCGGCAAAUGCACCGCUCGACGGCGGCCAACAGUCAGCAGCAUUACGGUGCUGCCAACAACACAGUCACUGGUCAUCUGCAGCAGCAACAGCAGCAGCAGCAGGCUCAGCAACAACAGCAGCAUCAUCAUCAACAGCAGCAACACCACAGUCGCCACCAGCAGCAACAGCAACCUCACCACCAUCAUCACCAGUCGCAGCACCUCGCAGGGCAGUCCUCGAAUCAGUACAACCUCACCAACAACAGCCAGUCCCAGUCGCAGCAGCAGCAACAACAAUCUGGCUCUGUAUCAUCAUCCGACUGGGGCCGGUAUCAUCUGGGCUCGUCUGAUUGUGCCAGUUCCGGUGGAGCGGCUGGAGGAGGUGGUGGAGGUGUCGUUGUGCGCAACGGCGGUAGCAACUACAGCAACAAAGUAGCCAACGGUUACGGUGGUAACGGGAUAGCUGUCAGCAACGGUAGCAACCCAAGCAGCAACAGCAACGUCACCAAUAGCAACAAAUCCAAAAGUGUCACUAGCGCGUCCAUGAAGCGCAAUCCAAGUAAUACGGGUAUCAGUCAACAACACCACCAGCAACAUCAGCUUCAGCAGCAGCAGCAGCAACAACAGCAGCAACAGCAGCUCCUGAUGCCGGCCAGCUGCGCCGUGUACAACAGCACCGCCAACGGUGUCAGCAGUGGCCUGGUGGAGGGUGGCGGUGCAGGGCCCCUGCGAUGGGGCGACAUCGAGAAGACUUCAAUGGCGGCGGCAGUGCCUCGCGAUUUCCAGGCCGGCCCCGAAUCACUGCCAAUGAAGGCGGGCGGCGUAGUGGCGGCUGCCGCCGCCGCCGCCAACUUGCCACCCCCGUCCUCCUACCGCAGUGGGGGCAAGCGGGACGCGAUGCUGUCCGGUGCCGGCGGCUGUGCAGUGUAUAGUAGUAAUAAUAAUAAUAAUAGUAGUAAUAGUAAUAACCGAAGUCACACCGGUAACAACAAUACUGGCGUCAGUAGCAGUUGUACUACGACCGGCAUUCCCAGCACGGACCUCAGCCUGUGGGAGGCGGCAGCCAAUGGUGGUGGUAGCAACACCGGCAGCAGCAGCAACUCCACCCUGCCGGACAAGAGCUCGAUGACCGCCGCCAUACCGCGGGACUAUCACGCGGCCGGUCCGGAACAUCUCGCGGCUUGCAACAAGCUGGCCGCCGCUCGUCAGCAGCAACAGCAGUACCAGCAACAUCAUCAUCAACAGCAGCAGCAGCAACAGCAACAGCAGCAGCAACAACAUCACUCACAACAGCAGCAACACCGUCAGUCGCAGCAUCGUCAGCAGCAGCAGCAUCAGCAACACCAGCAGCAGCAACAUCAUCACCAACAACAGCAACAACACCUUCACCAUCAGCAGCAGCAACAGCAGCAGCAGCAACACCAUCACAAUCAUCAGGUUGCGGUGGCGGCGGCUGCUGCAGCGGCAGCGGCCGAAGCCUCGGAGAAGCUCCUGUUCGCCAAGUACCACCGACAGCAUCAGCGGGUCUCGCAUCGGCUUCACCCGUACAUGAUGAGCUCCAGCUUUACGCCGCUGAUGACGGCGGCCUUCCCGCCGAUGCAGCAGGUGUCCUGCUACAACGUGUGAUUCUAGAGCGGCCAACCGGAGCCUGUGCCAGUGUUUUCUCGCAUGAGGUUGGUGCAUUGAGCGGUGGUGAUGAUGGUGGUGGUGAUCAAAGCAAGUGUUGGUUCCUUGAAGAGAAUGGUCAGCAGGAUAUGUUGGCAGAUCUGUUGUGCGAGGCUGGGAUAAGUGAUAAGCAACAUGGCGGCCAACAUGCAGAAAAAAAGAUAGCAGUGAUGUGUUGACCGACCGCUGUUUGAAGUUGUUUUUCUCGGUUUGUUUUAUUAUUAUUAUUAUUUCAUUUGGUCGUUACGAGAAAAUCAGCAACGCUGUGCUGUGCGAGGGUAAAUGACGUGGCGUCGUUGAGAAGGCAACAAUUUGAGGAGAUGUGCCAGCAUGGGGGGCAGUAGCAGUAGCAGAGUAGUACGAACGUACCGCGCGCUCGCUCGGUCAAAGCAUGUAUAAAAUAGACAGCAACUUUUUUGUUGCAAAUUUAAAUGUGAUAGUAGUUUUUACUCCCAAAAUAACUUCAGCUAAAAGAUGGAAACUCUGUGGACAAAACCCAAAAUCGAAGACUAAGCAAGGAAAUGGGGAAGAAUGAAGAAGGAAAGGAGCAGGAGGAGCAGGAUCGAAUUAGAAGCGUAUGCACGAAACUGUUUUGUGGAAGAGGAACAAAAGGGAAACACAGCCAGAAGAAGAAGAAGAUGUAGAAAGAUGGAUCACAUGACGUUCUUUCGUUUCGAUUUUUCUUUUGUUUUUGGAAACGAAUAGCAAGAGCGAGAAGACUUAUGUUGCUAGAUGUUUGAGAAGAAAAUAAAUAAAAAAACAAGCGACCGGCGUGUGUCCGACGUGUAGUGAGUGUUUGGCUUUAAUGGAACGGUAGUACGGGAUAAUAUACAUAUAUCUAUACACACACACAGCAUACAAUAUAUAUCUUAAAGAAAAGUUGGAAAAGAACGAAGAAGAAGCAACAUAACUAUCUAGCCUCAACAAAAUUGCUCCCGAGAAAAGUAACACACAAACAACAAAAACAUGAACAAAACUUGCAUAAGCAUUCAUACUAAAAGCAAAACAGCGGAAAGACGAACAUAUGUAACCAAUUAGACAAAAUCGAAGGAUAGCGAAAGAGAGAGAAAGAGAGAGAGAGUGCGAGAACAACGUACACAAAGAACGAGCUGAUAAGUCAUGAACUGAAAUAAAACGAAGCAGAUUAGCUAAGUUAGUGGAAAAACUAAUUGAAAACAAAACAAAACCAACCCCUUACUCUGUCUCUAUGUAUGUGUUCCAAAGAAAGAAGCGCAAAAAGGGUUUGAAGGGACAGGAUAUGCUUAUGAAGAUAGGGAUCGAGGUAGUUAUCGUAGGGUUGGUUACCCACUUUGCGAAAUCUCGGUUCCUUAUGUCCCAACCCGGAGGAAGCCAGCAGUUGUUUUUCGAUUUCGCCUUGUGUGUCCUUGUUGAUUGCUCCUUGACUUGGUUGCUAUCCUUCGUACCCAAUGUCCGCCCUCGGGAUCCUUUCGUUCUUGCGUGCGUUUGUGGGGGCAGCAGCAGCAGCAGCAUGUCUGUAGAUUUAAAUGUGUGUUUGUGUUGUCGUUUUUGUGUGCGUGUGUAUGUGUUGUCCGGAGGUCUCUCCUAGACCUGUCCUAUUUCUCGCUCCCUCCAAGAAUUUGUAAGCUGACGAUCUGAUCCUCUGAUCUGAUUCCUCGAUUGUUUCCCAUUGUGAUAUAGAAUGAACAUUGCCAUACAUACUGGGGUUUAUGUUCCGCUAUUUUUAUCAAGCACCAAAACUAUCUAGGAUAAGGGAGUCUUCGUCGUCGUCCCCCAAUCAUCACUAGGUACUGCCCCUUAAAUGUGACGCGUGCGGGUUCCAUCAAAUAUCUCCAUCCGCCUCUCCAUGGGUGCAUCGAAUUUAUGUACCUUAAUGUCCACCUCUUCUCGAAAGUCCUACAUCAUUCCUCCAUGGAUUUGCUGGCCGAGAGUCCGCCCGAUACACACCGCUUCCCAGAGAUUAGUCUUGUUUGUUGUGGAACCAAGUGCCCUGGAACCGAUCCUUCGCUAGCGCUGUUCAUUUAUACCACCAGUCAUGUUUGCCUGCUAACGUUCGACAACAUAAUAGACAUUAACCCGAUUUGGGGAGGGUAACUAUAGGGAAAACUAAAAACAGAAUAAUACAAACAAUGCGGUACGACAAAAUGUUAAUGCAUGAUCGCCUGAAAAUGUAUGCCAAUAAUAGAAGCAAACUAAAUAGGAAAGUCACAAAACAAAAACAAAACAAAUCCUACUAAUCAAACCAUACCGAAAGACAUUCUAUGCGAAAACUGGACGCUAAAUUGUUAUAGACUUUUUUUCGGAUCCCAGCAGCAAAGGCAAAACAAAAACUCCUAAAUAAUCAAGUAAAGUAACGCAAACGAAACAACAUACAACUACACACACACACACUAUUGCAAAAACUGCAGAGUAUUCAGGCUAGAAAUUAAUGGCAAUUUAAAACGGUUAAUAUAACACAGUGAGACUACUAACUGAAAAAAAAAUCGAAUGGGAAACCGGAAGGCGAGAUAAACACUAGUCUAGGCGCAUACGUAAAAUAGGCAUUUGGAGCAUAAUCACACGGAACAGCAACUAAAAUGGCAAUGAAAAUUAUAUACUCAGACGUAAAACACUACAGCAACAUCUAUCUUCUUCAGGGUAAAGGCAGAACAUUUUUCAGUCGGAAUUGCGAAUUUGGUUGGACAACUUCUCGUGACCGUAAUUGGCUGUUGUGUGGUGCUUGCUGGACGAGAGAGAGAGACAGACAUAUUAUGGGUUUAGGAAUGUUGGGAAUGACUAUGACGCGAAUGUUGGUUGGCAGCAGCAGCAGCUCAGUACUGGGGAGAGAAAUGAAUAUUAUUUUGUUCUUGUGUUUUCUUUGUGAAACGGAUGGAAGAAACUACUCUGCUGUAAAGCGUACACAAACAAGUCUUAUGUAAAAGUAGAAUAGGAUGUAUGCAAAAACAAACUAAAAGCAUAAAAGAAAACUAUGAUAACAAAUUCUACGGAUUAAAAUGGGGGAAAACUAGCCAGCAAGCGACACCUUGUGGUGUGUACUACCUUUAGGGCUUUACUGUGGUAAACACUUGUGUCAUGUGUACAUAUUCGAAGGUCGGCGAUAGAGUUGGUCGGUCGGAUUGGGAACUGGUAGCAACGGGAUGGAAAUGAUUUGGCUGGCAAGUGGGAAUGAGGCAGACAUGAGGCUAUAGAGAAGAUGGAUAUGCGCAUGCACACCAACAUCGACACACAUACAAACACACGUAACACAUUACACAAACGGUACCGAUAGUACACUCACUCAGUCCGACGGACAGCAAGUCAAAAACGUUUAGUCACAACGCAACUAUUUCUCUGAUAAUAAAAAAUCGUGUUUAGUAGGAAAAUAAAAUGGAAAAUGGUAUCGAAAAGGGGAGGGGGGGGGGAAGGCCGGGAACCGGGAAACGGGGAGAGGAUGAGCGGAACGUUAGAAAUUCCAAUAAACAAUGUGAAACAAACGCAAAAAUGCCCUGCACAGAAAAUCUGCAAAAGGCAUGAAAAAACAUGAAAAAAGAGUGGAAAAUUGAUAGAAAGAGAGAAGAAAAAGGAACAAAAAAAAAACACUGAAAUUAGUACUAGUAACUAAUAAGAAUAAAGUAACAAACAAACAAACAAAAACAACUGAUAAUAAUAGUAGUGGGCGAGGAAAACUGACAAGCAGGCAGAAGGAUGGUAAAAAAACCGAACUGAAUUUAAUGGAAAAGCACAGCAUAGUCAAAUGCAAACUGUGCAAAAAGUGUAGUUUGCAAGAUUGGGGGUAAAUGCAAGGAAGAGAAAAAAACGUGUGAUGAAAAUAGAAAAACAUAACACAAAAGAAA